AUGUUCAGGGAAUCACUCUCUCCCCACCUCCCCUUAAUUGAGGCCACUGAGUGUCAGUGUUUCUCCAAAGCCCCAAAGGUGAUUUUGCUGUGUAGCCUAGAAGCCCUGAACAGCACAAGCAUUGUGGACUGCUUUGCCAAUUUGAGAAUUUACCCACAUGGAUUGGUGUUGCUGGACCUUCAGAGUUACGACGGCGAUGCAGAAGGCAAAGAAGUUGACAGUCUUUUGAACAAAGUAGAAGAAAGAAUGAAAGAAUUGAGUCAGGACACUACUGGGCGGGUGAAGCGAUUACCACCCAUAGUUCGAGGAGGGACCAUUGACAGGUACUGGCCCACUGCUGACGGCCGUCUGGUUGAGUACGACAUAGAUGAAGUGGUGUAUGAUGAAGAUUCACCUUAUCAGAACAUUAAAAUUCUGCACUCGAAGCAGUUUGGAAAUAUUCUCAUCCUCAGUGGGGAUGUUAAUCUGGCGGAGAGUGAUUUGGCGUAUACCCGGGCCAUCAUGGGCAGUGGCAAAGAAGAUUACACUGGCAAAGACGUGCUGAUUCUGGGAGGUGGAGAUGGGGGCAUUUUAUGUGAAAUAGUCAAACUGAAACCAAAGAUGGUCACUAUGGUAGAGAUUGACCAAAUGGUGAUUGAUGGAUGUAAGAAAUACAUGCGAAAAACAUGUGGUGAUGUCUUAGACAAUCUUAAAGGAGACUGCUAUCAGGUUCUAGUAGAGGACUGUAUUCCGGUACUGAAGAGGUACGCCAAAGAAGGGAGAGAGUUUGAUUAUGUGAUUAAUGAUUUGACAGCUGUUCCAAUCUCCACAUCUCCGGAAGAAGAUUCCACAUGGGAGUUUCUCAGACUGAUUCUUGAUCUCUCCAUGAAAGUACUGAAACAGGAUGGGAAAUAUUUUACACAGGGGAACUGUGUCAAUUUGACAGAAGCCCUGUCACUCUAUGAAGAACAGCUCGGACACCUGUAUUGUCCUGUGGAAUUCUCAAAGGAGAUCGUCUGUGUCCCUUCAUACUUGGAAUUGUGGGUAUUUUACACUGUUUGGAAGAAAGCUAAACCUUGAAGAUCAAUAGCCCCUCAUCACGUGUGCUACAAAUAGCCUUCCUGACCUGGACAUGCUGUACAUGCCAUCAAAGCGAGUCAGGCAAUUGAUUGUGAAUUCCUUCAAGUUUUCUUUUUUUAAUUAUUUUUUAAUUUAAAAAAAGGCAAAUGGAAAAUGUAUAUUUUGAUGACCUAGGGUGUUAUUUUUUGAAAGUCAGCUGAAGGAUGAUUAGCUAGCAUAGCAAAGGCUGCUAAAUGCACUGAACCCUAGAAUGUGAUUUUUUUUUUUACUUUUUUUUUUUCUGUGUGGGCUGUUUUCGUUUUGGUUUUGGUAGACUUUGAAUUUGGUUGUUUGGAGGAAUGAAUAUCACUGUUUUAUUCUGGAGGGGAGUUCUUGAUGGUGUUUCUUUCCCAAAAAAGGAAUUGACUUAUGUGGUUAAAAUUUGGUGCUUUUAUGAAAGUUAAAAAAAAUUAAUCAGCAAUGCUUUGAUUAAAAUUACAAAUGAGAAA